CCGGUACCGUUCGUUCACCGUUUCAGUUUGCCCCUGCUCCAGCUCUAUUUCGCGCGCACAGCUUCUUCCUUCCUUCUUUCGCAGUAUCUUCUUCCGGAACAUCACACCUCUUUAUUCAGCGUAUUAUAAACUCUAUUCGACCGCUACCAUCCAGAAUUUUCUCAAUUGCAUAUCACCGGUUGUCAGGUCGCCUACAAGGAUGAAGGGAGCGAAACUAGCCGUGGUUUUCAGCGUGUGUUUGGCCUUCGUGCUCCUGACUGAGGCGGCUCGGAGCAAGAGAGACUCCAGCAGCCCGAACAGCUUCAGGAGGGCGGCCACGAGCUUAUACCAAACCUUCAGCAGCAUCUUCGGAGAGGACAACAUGAGGGCUGUGCACAAGUUCUUCUCAAAAACGACAGAGGGGUUUGUUCAUGGAGUCGAUUUAUUAGUGGACGCCUUGUGGAAGCUGUGGGUGGAUCUGCUCGAUGUAAUGGGCAUCGACUCCUCGAAUCUGACGCACUACUUCAGCCCAUCGUCUGUGUCCAGUUCUCCUCCUCGUGCACUCCUCCUGGUGGCAGCCUUGCUGUUGGCUUACUGGUUCCUGUCCUUGUUCCUGAGCGGUUUCUUUUACGUCCUCCACACAGUGUUUGGCCGUUUCUUCUGGCUGGCCCGCGUGGCCCUUUUUGCCCUCUCCUGCCUGUACAUUCUGCAGAAAUUCGAGGGUGACCCGGAGAAGGCAGUGCUGCCACUGUGCUUCAUAAUGGCCAUGUACUUCAUGACAGGACCGGUGGGAGCAUACUGGAGGAAAGGGGGAGGAUCUGGAAAUCUGGAGGAUAAGAUCGACAACCUGGAUACCCAGAUCCGUCUCCUUAACAUCCGCUUGAGCAGAGUGAUUGAAAACCUAGAGAAAUGAGAGUCAGAGGUGUGGUUUGUGAGAUGGCAUAAGAAGAAAAAAAAAAAAACCUUUUUUUUUUUUUUUUUUUCAGGAUGUCCCAACAUUUUAGUCAGGCAAGAAUUUUAUGUGACAAAUUUCCUAGAUGGUAUGCUGAAAUGAUUAGAUCCACCCUAUUGUUGUGUGUAAUGUAUUAUAAGUGUCCACUUCUAAAGUAACUGCCCAUCUUUGAGCAAAUAUCAGGAUUUUUUGUGGGUCUGUGUGUGUCUGCAAGCCUUGAGUUGAGUGUGUUAGUCGUUUGUGCAGUGUUAAGCCCUUUUUUCCAUUAACUGUGUUAGGGCACUUUCUAUAAGUGUGUGUUCUUUAUCAGUCAUUAAGGCGAUGCAAUUAAGAGUUAGUUCACUUGAAUCACUCAAAGUGUGAGUAAAAAUCAGUAUCACUGCAUUUUUAUUUUACUUUUUCACAUCUCCCUUGUCUCUUCUUGAGGUCACCAGAAGUUACUCUGAGUUCAGGAUCGAUCAGGGAUAGAGAUGUAUGUGGAAAUCGCUUUCAGAGAGCAGCUAGUCAUCAGAAGCGUGAGGAUAUUAGACCGGUGUCUCUGUCCACCUUCAGUCGAGAGCGAGAGAGAGAGGUUCUCACGUGCUAGGUAAAACCUGGUCAUGCACUUUGGUCUCAGCAUGAGAUUAUUGUAUUCAUUACGGUAUAUUUAUCCUUUUAAUACCCUUCUAGAGCUGAAUUGAUUAAAUAUUGUUUUAAUUCUAAUUCCUGUUAGUGCUGCUUAGGAAAAUCAUUUUAAGAAAGUGGCCUCUAUGGUUUGAACCACCGUGGCAUUUUGUUUAUUAGAGAUUUCUGAUUACUAAUCUAAUCUGUUUGUAAUCUAACCUUUUUGGAUUUUAAUUCGUCGUGUUUUUGCUAAUUUGCUAAACCCUUGUAGUCAAAGCUAAUUUGCAUGUCUUUUAAAAUCUAUUUCGAACAUUUAUUAUUACUGCUUGAUAGAUUAAAAAAAAAAAAAAGACUGUAAGUAAAAAAUUUACAUGUUUUUCCAUUUUAAGAGAAAGAUUAUGAAUGGUCUGUGUUCAAGUAUAUUUUCAUUCCAUAUAAUGCCAUUAUUUUAUGUUUUUUUUUUUUUUUACACGAUUAGUACUGCUGUAUUUAAUAGUACUGUUGAAAAGUUUGUAGUCAGUAAGAUUUUAUUAUAUGACGUUAAUGUUGUUCAGGCAAUAUGUUUUAUAUAUUAUUAAUUUUUGUUAUUUUUUUUAAAUAAUGUUAAGUUCUUUUAAGCCUAUAGUGCAUUGAUGAAUCCUGAAAAAAAGUACCAUAGUUUCCACAAAAAUAUUAAGCAGCACAACGGUUUUCAACUUUGAUUAUAAUAUAUGAAGUAGUGGACAGCAGUGAACAUUGAAAGUAGGUUAAUAUAUAUAUAUAUAUAUAUACUGGGAACAUAUCUUUUUAUUUUGUGUAAUAUUGUGAAAGGUUGUGUUUACUGUGAAAUCAGUUUUUGUUUUGUUUUUUCGUUUUUGGUGAUUUACGCUACUGAAUUAUACUUUUUUUCAUGUUCUGUUUGUCUCCAGUCAGUUAUUUUAAAGAUGUCAUUCUUUCAGAGUGAGAGUUUUGUGGCGUUAAGCCCUCGUGUCAGUGUUGAUGCCAUUCUAUACUGUUUUUAGAGAUUGAUGAAAUUUACUUUUAGCAGAUAUAUGAUCAAAAUGUACAGUCUGUCUUUUCCUGGACCUCACUGAUUUUAGUCCAGAAACUGGCCCUCACUUUUCCACCAAUCACAGUUCGAUGCUGCGACGUAACCCAAGCCUUCCGGAAAGCACUAAUUUCAAGAAGAUCCCUUUGUUUUUUACUGUAUGAAUGUGUGAAGGAACUCAUAAACACCAGCCUUGAAGAAUCUCCAAAUAGCAAACUCUUGUGUACUUGCAAUGUACCAGCAUUAUUGUACAAGUACUGGAGACAACUAAUAAUAAUUACACUCAUACUUGUCUCAGCAAAAACAGUCCUGUAUUUAUAAUUGUCUUGUGUACUUGCAUAUCUGUGAUGAAUGAGAAGCCACAGUAAUAUACCAUGGAAAAUGCUCUGGAUCUUAUGAUUACAGAGUGAAUGUGCUGAGUUUGCUUGCAGAAAUAUGUAUGACAGGUGUUUUCCUAGCCGCACUGUUAGCAGUUAAUAUCAUUCUUGUAAGUUGCAGUAACGCAUCAUGUCCUUAAUUUAUUUUUGGAAUAUUAUGCAUUUGAUUAAUAUCUGUUAUAUUCUAUAUGAGGGAGUUGUACUCACUUGACCAGAAAGACUCAGUUCUCUCUCACAAUGUCUCAGAUCCCAGUUGACUGCACCAGUGCCAUUUAUUGUGUGUUGAGGAUUUUUAAUCAUUGAUUGAUUUGUACUAGAAGGCAUUGAAUCUUUGGGAAGUCUAGACUUUAACUGGUAUUUUUGCAUUGUAAAUGCCUAGAUUUCUAUAUCAGGGUUGCUUUGUGCUGUAUAAGUUUCAUCAGGACUGUUUACCUGCGCUGUUGCUUGCUGUGGUAUUAUUUGCGCUGUCUGUAACCUGUAUGUCUUUUAUGAAAUUUGUUCAAUGAUGUGGUCCAAAAGUGAUUUAAUAAAUGUGUUAUACAAUUUGA